AAGGAAGAAUAAAGAGCAAGAACAAUGUGGAAAGCAGGAUCUAUUGGCGUUUUGUUGGUUCUUCUUUUUGGAAGUGGCAACUUCUUCAAAAUGGAGAGAGGUUUUCAUGCUGGAAGUGGGAAUGCCACUGAGUGGUGCUCAAUGCCGAAAGCAUGUGAUAUGCCUGGAUUCUCUGAUUGGUUCAGAGUGGGUAAACACUGUGUCAAAUACUUCUUCAGACGCUUAAACUUCACUCAAGCUGAGUUCAAUUGCAGGACCAAAGCCCCUGGUGCACAUCUGGCCUCAGUGCAUAGUUUACAGGAUAACAGUUACUUGCUGUGCAUUGUGAAAAAAUUUAACCCAAAAAGCCUGCGCAUCUGGCUCGGAGCCUAUGAAUUUUUUAAGUCUGGUCAGUUUUUCUGGCUCGAUGGAUCCUUCUGGAAUUUUAAUCUGUGGGUUCCUGGCGAGCCCAAUCAUAUGUACACUAGCAAUGAGGAAUGCUUGGAGAUGAGCUGGAAAGAAACUGGAAAGUGGAACGACGACAAUUGCAAUGUCAAGAAAAGCUAUAUCUGUGCCUUCAAGCGUAAGGAAUUCAUGGAAAUACACUCUGAGUGAUCCACGCUUUUAUCAACCCAGGCUCAUUCUGAGAACAUACCCCUAAAUACAUUUCUGGUGAGCGCCAAAUACGUCCCAGGAGAUACGUUUUUUUGCAGUUUUUGUUUUUGCGAAUCAACCAGAGACCGCUGUGUAUGCUUUUUCAGAUCUCAAAUUUGUCUCACGAGUGCCAUUCGCUGAACCCUUCCCUAAGCCCAACCAAUAGUGCUUUCAAAAGCACAGAUUGAGCCGCCCACCAGCUUCCCUAUACCCGACCGACAGUUUUAAAAACUGUUAUUUACUUGUUUAUUAUAUUUUUGGGCUUUUGUUUUUGUCUUAACCGCUUUCUGGAACCGUUCUUCACCAGACGAAACCCUGUCAUCGUAGUCAACUCCUCUCUGCGACUUAAGUGGUGAGCCACUGGACAAACUGGUAACAGAGGAAAUUGUCCAUAUAGAGGUAAGCGGUCAGCUGGUAAGCGAGUAAAGGAUUGAUGCCAUACCGUGGGGAUGUCAUUCGUUUUAAAAAACAAAAUGCAGCCAUACGUAUCUCUGGCUACAUAAUUCGAGAUCCUCAGAAAUGUAUAUGGGCUACGUUUUCAGAAUGAGCCUAUGUUGGCUUUUAUCAUCACCUGAAUCUUCUGAAUUUCGCAUAAAUGUUUUCGCAUCAACAAAAAGUAAAAAAAAGUUA